AUGUCUCAGCGUUCGCCUAAUGUUCCCUACAAUGGGGGAUCUCUGCUGGGCGUAGCCAUUGCUAUGGCAAUCCUGCAGAUUGUUGGGGUGAUUGCUCGCUUUUAUACCCGACACAGUCAGAGAAUCGCAUACGCGCUUGAUGAUUUUCUGAUUGUCAUCGCCUUGGUAAGGCAGCUAAUUGCUAGCCUGGGACAGUCGGCUCUGUACGUGGUUUUGGUCGAAGUCGCAGGUGUCGGAUACCCCAUGAGUUGUGUCGAACAGACUCCAGAGAAGUUGGUUGCUCUAGAGAAAGGUCUAUACGCCAAUGAGAUCAUAGAUUUCCCUUUCGUCAUAACUCCAGCCAAGAUUUCCAUUCUGGUAUUUUAUGUUCGCAUCUUUAGCACACGAAACUUCAAAGUCGCCGCCUAUAUCGUUGGUGCAAUCGUACUCGGACACGGCAUUGGGGUUUUGCUCGCAGCUAUCUUUCAAUGCUGGCCAAUCGAUUACACCUGGAACAAGACUACAGGUAUCGAAGGCGGCUCAUGUUUUAACCAACAAGCCUUCUACCGAUACGUCUCGCCGCCGAACAUCUUAACGGAUGUCCUCUUGUUGACUUUACCACUGCCCUAUGUUUGGAAACUCCAUACCUCUCGUGGUCACAAGCUGGCAUUGACGGGAGUUUUCCUUCUGGGGGGAUUGGGAACGGUAGCCAGCAUUUUGCGCAUGACAAACUUCUUCGAAGAAAGAGCGACAGUUGAUCCUACACGGACAUCGACCGAUCUUGGGAUCUGGACUAUUCUCGAAGGAGCCCUCAUCAUCAUAGCCGCCUGCCUGCCCCCCACUUGGGCUUUAAAAAAUCGUCCGGUUCCUACCCCAGAAACUCUUUAG